AUGUCCUUUUACAACGACAACGAAGAAGAAAAUGAACUUCACAUAGCUUGGCCCAACUAUACACCAGAAAAACAACAAAAACAAUCUUCAUUACUUCCACUUGUUUUAAUGAUAAACGAAAAAUUGCGUGAACGUCUACCUGCAUGGGAAAUAAUUUCAUUAAAUCCUCAGCACUUUCCUGAAUUUUUCGAAAAAAUUUUAAAAAUGAUUUGUGACGAGAAUUUGGGCUAUUCUGUUCAAAUACAUCUUAUUACUUUUUUGAAUUAUUGUUUUAAUUCGUUAGAAGUGGAUUUUGUGAGACUAGAAGUUGGGAAACUGUGCUCUUUGCCUAUUUUGGUUAAUUUGUUGCCGUCUAAACGUAACUCCCUAUUCGAAAAAAAUCCAAAACUUAAAAAAUAUUGGGUCAAAAUGGAACAAAAAUUUCAACAAUUACCUCCUGAGGAAUUUGAGAAAAUUGAUUUUUCACGCCGUCUGCUUUGGAGAUUAUUACAAAGAUUAAAACGAACCGUGGAUUUUAUUGAUGACGAAAGCAAAGAUUUGGAAAUUGACGCCGUCACAUAUUGUGAACGCCUACUCUCUUUUUUAAUAGAUUUGGAAGCUCAAUUGACUACCAGACGUUUCUUCAAUUCUUUACUCCAUUCAAGCCAUAUACUCACACAUUGUUGUCUUUCCCAAUUUAUCCGUUCAGAGCAUGGCUCUCUCUUUUGUGAGCUUUUUUCAAUGCUUAAAUUUUAUGCUCGUUUUGAAAUUGAUGAACUUAGUGGACAACAAUUGCUACAGGCGGAGGUAACCAAAAGGCAUUAUGAAUUUGUUUCUCAAUUACAAGCGGCCGCAUUCAAAUUUCUAAAUGAAAAAUUGACUGAAUUUUGUUUGCUACCAGUUGGAUCUGUUGAUUCUAGUAAAUUUUUGCGUGAACAACUUGGCUCUUUAAGUUGUGAUGACCUCUACAAACUUGCCGAAUUUUUAAAUUUGGUACCUUCAUUGGAGGAGAAGGAAGAAAAUUUAGUUGAUAAUUAUUGCCGUUAUGAUGACCCAAAUUAUUUAAUUGAAGCUAUAAUUUUUGUUUGUGAACGUAGACCUUUUCAAUUACAACGCUUAAAUGCUGAACCUCUUUAUCCUAGUGAAAAAGUGAUUUGGGAUGAAAAGCUAAUUCCAUAUGAUCAUUAUGAUGGUAAAAGUGUGCUUCCUUUAAAUAAAUUAAAUUUACAAUUUUUAACAACACAUGAUUAUUUACUUAGAAAUUUUAAUCUUUUUAGAAUGGAAUCGACAUAUGAAAUUCGUCUCGAUUUGGAAGAUGUAAUGUUUCGAAUGAAACCUUGGAAACACGAAUUUAAUGAAUCUGAUGUUGUUUGGGGUGGUUGGGCAAAAAUGGCACUUCCAGUUACUAGUUGUAGAAUUGUGCAUGUUGGAAGGCCUUUGGUUGGAGAGUCUGCUCCUUCCGAAGUUCGUGCAGAUCUCCAAAUAACUUUACCCUCAAGAGAAGAUUUGCGUCAAGAUUGGAUGUCUCUUCGAAAAAAUGAUGUUCUCUUUUUACUUAAAGUUAAACCUAUACAAAAAGUUGGCUAUAAAUUCGAUUUUCGACGCCCAUUUAAAGAACAAUUUGGAAUUUGUAUUGUUAGAGGGUGUGAAGUUGAAGGAAUUUUGACUGGAGAUGGAAAAAUACUUGAUGAGAUGGGUUUGUAUUUUUUUGUGUUUUUGAGGGAAUUUAAAUGGGAAUAUUAA